AUGGGGUAUUUUCUUUAUAGAAUUUUUCUGUAUUCCGUUUAUUUGAUUGGUUUGAUAGUGUUUCAAGGAAAUGCAGAACCUGUUGAAGACAAAAAAGCUUUAUUAGAGUUUGUUAAAAAGUUACCUAUUUCUAGAACUUUGAAUUGGAAUGUGAGUUCUUCUCCAUGUACUAGUUGGAAUGGUGUAACUUGUAGCAAAGAUAAGUCUCAAAUUGUAGCUAUUGAAUUGCCAAAAGUUGGAUUUCAUGGCACAAUUCCUCCUAAUACAAUUAAUAGCAUCAAAGGGUUGCAAAUAUUGAACCUUAGAUCCAACAAUUUUAUAGGUCCUUUACCUGAUUUCUCUGUUUGGAAGAAUCUAUCUGUUGUAAAUUUGUCUAAUAACAAUUUCACUGGCACCAUUCCUUUAUCACUUUCCAAUUUGAGUCGCCUUGCUUGUUUGAAUCUCGCAAACAACUCGCUAUUCGGCGAAAUCCCUGAUAUAAACUUGCCUUUGUUGCAACAACUGAACUUGUCUAACAACAAUUUGCAAGGGGUUGUUCCUGUUUCUUUUCAGAGGUUUCCUAAGUCAGCAUUUGUUGGAAACAAUAUUUCUCUUGGUACUUUUUUUCCUGUUACUUUACAAUGUUACAAAAAUUGUUCUAAGUCUCAGAAACAUGUUGGAAGGCUUAGUGGAACAGUACUAUUGGGAAUUAUUGUUGUUGGUGCUUUUCUAUGUCUUGCAGCAUUCAUUGUUUUAAUGUUUGUGUUGUGUUCUAAAAGGAAAGAUGAAGAUGCCUUUGAUGGUAAGUUGAUGAAAGGAGGAGAGAUGUCUCCUGAAAAAAUGGUAUCGAGAAACCAAGAUGCAAACAAUAAGCUUUUUUUCUUUGAGGGAUGUAACUAUACCUUUGAUUUGGAAGAUUUAUUAAGGGCUUCUGCUGAGGUACUUGGUAAGGGAACAUUUGGUGCUGCAUACAAGGCCAUACUUGAGGAUGCAACCACAGUUGUUGUGAAGAGGUUAAAGGAGGUAGCUGUUGGAAAAAAGGAUUUUGAACAACACAUGGAUAUUGUUGGAAGUCUUAAACAUGAGAAUGUGGUUGAGCUAAAGGCUUAUUACUAUUCCAAAGAUGAGAAGCUGAUUGUAUAUGACUACUACAAUCAGGGUAGCAUCUCUGCUUUGUUGCAUGGUAAAAGAGGAGAGGACAAGGUGCCUUUAGAUUGGAAUACUCGGAUCAAAAUAGCUUUAGGUGCUGCACGAGGCCUCGCUCAUAUCCAUUCUGAAAAUGGUGGGAAACUUAUACACGGCAACGUCAAAUCCUCAAAUAUCUUUCUCAACACAAAACAAUAUGGUUGUGUAUCUGAUCUUGGCCUAGCAACCAUAAUGAGCUCAGUCACCCAGCCCGUCUCACGAGCAGCUGGUUACCGAGCACCUGAAGUCACAGACACGAGGAAAGCGACACAGGCUUCAGAUGUUUACAGCUUUGGCGUGGUGUUACUAGAACUUCUAACUGGAAAAUCUCCUAUCCACACAACUAGAGGUGAUGAGAUUAUCCACCUUGUGAGAUGGGUUCAUUCAGUUGUGAGAGAAGAAUGGACAGCUGAAGUAUUUGACUUAGAGCUUAUGAGAUGUCCUAAUAUAGAAGAAGAGAUGGUUGAGAUGUUACAGAUAGCCAUGUCAUGUGUUGUAAGGAUGCAUGAUCAAAGACCUAAGAUGUCAGAAAUCGUAUCGAUGAUUGAAAAUGUAAGACAGAUUGAUAUAGAGAAUCGGCCAUCGUCUGAAAACCAAGCUGAAAGUGAAACACAACACACAUUCUCUCAAUGUGAUACUCCACCCUCUACCACAGAGUGAGGUGAAUGAUACAAAGUCUCUGCAUUUGAGUGUAUCUGAGAAUGUUGUUCUCCAAACUAUUAACAAGAGCAUUCCUUGCUUUUACCCCAAAAAUCCAAACUAAUUUUACUGAUUUUAUAUCAUGGUAUUUUUAAUGCAUGUAGACUCUAGAAUAUAUUAAGGUGGUUUCUUCAUUUAUGUCUUGCUGAUAUUAAGCAUUUGGUUCAUAGGAAGCUUUAUUUGGCAGUUGUUGUUUUGAGGACAAACAUGCAUGUUUCAUGCCAAUAUCAACAGAAGUUGGUUCAUUUUGUUUCAAAUAUUGAAGGACCAUAUGGCAACAAGCUUUAGAAUGCAUUUUUCUAUGUUGUGACAUU